AUGGCUAGCGGAAUCGCCACAGUCAAAGAGGUCAUCUCCGGCGACACGCUGGUGCUUGUCGGAGCCCCCAAGGGAGGCCCCCCACCGGAGAAGCGUGUCGGCCUAUCUUGUGUUGUAGCACCGCGUGUUGCUCUGAAAUCUUUAACUCAUGAAAGCCCCGAUGAACCCUAUGGAUGGCCAGCAAGAGAGUUAAUGAGACAUCGGCUGAUUGGACAACAAGUUGAAUUCAAAGUAGAAUAUUCUAUCGGAGAGAAAGAAUAUGCAUGCGUUCGAUUCCAGGCUUUAGAAGAAUGUGAAGCCGAAGCAAAAGCAAAGCAAUUGGGUGUACAUUCAGCGGACAGCGGCAGCAGCACUGUGAGAACAAUUAAGUGGGCUGUAGGCGAAGCAGACUUUAUUGCAGAGUUUGUUGAGAAGCAUAAGGCUGAAGGGCGUUUCUUUGUUGAAAUUCGAUUACUGAAUAGAGAUGUCUCUGUGCGAGUUGAAGGCUCUGAUGAUUACGGUAAUAUGUUAGGAACGCUGUUACACCCCAAAGGAGAUAUUAGUCUUUUGCUGCUUUCUAAUGGAUUUGCAAAAGUUAAUAAUGCUACAGUUGGCCUCACAGAACAACCGAAUAAACUCAGACAAGCGAUGAAAGAAGCUCAAACUAAUAAACUACGUAGAUGGAAGGAUUUCUCUUCUUCUGUUUCGACUGAUAGUUUAGAGCGAGUGUAUGCAGCAACAGUUGAAGAAGUUUUUAGCGGUGAUUCUAUUUUAUUGCGGCUGCCUGACGGCUCUUCUCGCCGAGUUUAUUUCGCCUCUAUUCGCUGCAAUAGACCCUCAUCAGCAGCAAAACCUCAACCCAGAGAAGAUGAAGCACUUGCACUCGAAGCAAAAGAACUCGUCCGCAAAAAAACCAUUGGAAAAAUGGUUAAG